AUGGGAAAGCCUACUCUGUCAAGCGCGCCGCUCGAUGGCGAUGGCGAUGCCGUGUCUUUGCACACUCAGGCAGGCGACCGCUAUCGUGACGCAGAUACACCGGAUCUGUUUCCCGCCGACCAAAGCCAUCACAACCAUGACCUUCCACCAAUGUACGACGAAGCAGCCGAGGCAAGCACAAGCGCCAGUCUGAAUGCCCCUUUACUUUCGGACGCUGCUCUGCCCGGGUAUUCUUCAUCGUCCGACCUGCAGCCAUUCUUCCGCGAUGACCAGGCUGCAUACUACUUAUCGGCUGAGCUCGAUGCUGAUCCAGAGCUCCUGGAGGCACGCGUCCGCCAAUGGGCUGCUAUCCCUCCCCGCCCCUUCGUGCGUGUCUACGGUUACCACCGCGAGCGACGUAGCGGCCGCGACGGGAAGAAGGAGACCAAGAACAUUACCGAUUUUGACGUCAAGGUCGAGCUGACGCCCUAUCUCUUUGCUGACGCAACAAGUCGCCAUGCGUGGUCUGAGCUGCAUACUGUGGAGAAUGGCGACAAAGCUAAGCGUGGUUCUAUAUUCUCACGUCGCGCGCCCAAAUCAAAGGGCAACAUCGAGCUCGGGGCGGUUGACAAGCCGAAUCUGACGCAGUGGUGCCACCUGUAUGUCGCCUCGCAUUCGGGGCUCAAGUCAUUUGCGCUGAGGCGAAGGGUGGAGGGUUUCGAUCAGGUUCGUGUCAGGGAGCAGCUUGAGGCUCUGGUGCGGAGGAUGAACUACAGAGGACACCUCCAGGUUUCGUUCCCCAUGCAGGAUCACAUUGUCGAGGUUUGGAACGAAUGCCGGACAAACCAGUGGAGGCUGACCAGGUGGAUCUACGUCAUGUUCUGUGUUAGUAUGCUAUGGUUGCUGUCGUGGCCCUAUCUGUUCUUGCGGACCAAGAGAUUCGAGACUGUCAGCUCGGAGUGGCAUUUUUCCCGGAUAGACUCCGAAGGCCGGAAGAGAUAUGUUUCGCUCACUGAGGAUCAGUGGUACAAUAUGUGGGGGAGACCUAUCGCAAAGGCGGUCCUCUCAAAAAGGCAGGGCGUUCUAGAUCAGCAGGACUUGAUUGCGGCGGACGAUAUAGACCCUGCGUUCAACACUGGCCAUGUGACGGUCGACGGCGCCUUGGGGUUCUUCAGGGCCGGUGUCAACGCAAUGAACGAGGUCAACCGGCACCUGGGUUGGGGCGAGGACCAAUUUUAG